AUGAAAAGAAGGGUCGUAGUGACAGGUCUUGGCAUGAUCAGCUCUAUUGGCUUGACACUUGCAGACUCAUGAAACGCUCUCUGCCGUAAAGAAAUCGGGAUUAUCCCAGUUCAUUCUCCCUACAUAAAAGCUGCCGGGAAAAUCCCUCAAAGUUUUUCACUCGAAUCCGCUCUCGAAAACACACAAGUAAUUUUCAUUUAGCAAGCCAAAAAUCUUCAAAAUGCUUUAUUCAUUGACGCUACAAUCCAAGCUAUAUACGACGCAGGCUACGCCCCAGAAACUGAGUCUGAACAAGUAAAAUGUGGAGUCGUUGAAUCCCUAUUAGCCAGCUCUACAAAAGACCUUUUUGAACCUCUUAUUUCAUCAUCAUUUGAUAGACAAUUUUGACUCAAAAUCGCUGGAGGAAUUGCCGCUUCUAAUGCAGCAGUUAUUGCUCAAGCAAAAGGACCAUGCUCUUCAAUUGCAGGUGGAUUACAAUCAAUCGGUGAUGCAUAUUUUACAAUUAAAAGAGGAGAAGCAGACUAUAUGGUCGUUUCUGGUGGAAGCCCAGAAAUUGAUGAUAAUUUAGCAGGAUUUCUGAAUGGGAUGAAUAUUUUGUCACCUGAUAAUGAAAUUAGACCUUUUGGGAGAGAAAGAAAUGGGACAAUCUUAGGAGAAGGGGCUGCUUCAAUUGUGCUGGAAGAAUUUGAGCAUGCGAAGGCAAGAGGUGCUAGGAUUUAUGCGGAAGUUAAUGGAUUUGGAAGCAAAUUUAAUGUGAAAUUGGAAGAAAAAAAUGCUGCAGUUUUAAAAGCUUCUGGAAAUGAAGAAUUUACACCAGGAAUUAUUUUUGCGAAUGGGUCUGGAGGUGAAGAAGAUGCUGUUGAAGCAGAAAUUAUUAAAAAAUCUUAUCCAAACGCAAAAGUUAGCUGUAUUAAAUCUAGUAUUGGCCAUUUAUUAUCUGCUGCAGGGAUUUCUGAAAGUGUUAUUGCAAUAUUAUCACUGAACCAAAAAAUUGUUCCUCCUAUACUAGCUUUGAAGGAUUCUGAGUUUGAUUUGAAUUUUGUAACGAAAAUAACAAAACAUAAAGAAAAAUGUGCUUUAGUCCAUGAUAUGAGAUUCGGAACCCAUUCUUCGGCUGUAACUUAUUCAUUACUAGAAUAG